CUCUUUUCUCAAGGCCUGCCUCCUUCAAACUACCUUCGGUUCCUUCCCGACUACAAGUCAUUUCCAUUUCUUUCCCGGCAAUCUCACUGAGCAGUUCUUCAAUCUCUGCAAUACAUUCUCAACUGGUUAGCAAUCGUUCUUCAAUUUUGUAUUCUUCUUCGUUUCUUCAUAUUGGAUUUCGUACUUGCAAAAAAAAAAUAGGUUCCUUCUAUCUGGAAACAACAGUACCACGGCUGGUGAAAUAUUGGUCUUUUCGAGAGCAUUGAAGGGGAAGGUCAUUAAAAUGACAUAAGAUUUUCUCACAAGUUGUAUAUCCAUGGAGAGUUCAUCUGUGUUAAUUGGAUCCAAGGGCCUAAUAAGGAAACAUGAGUUUGUUAGGAUCAUAAUUCAAUGCUUAUAUUCAUUUGGUUACCAAAAAUCUGCACUAAGUUUGGAAUCCGAGUCUGGAAUUUCAUACAAAUCUAAUGAUUUCAAGUUGUUGGAGUCUCAAAUUUUCAGUGGUAAUUGGUAUGGUUGCAUUGACACAAUAAGUGGCAUCAAGGAUUUAACUGAUGAAGUAAGAGUUUCCGCCCUGUUUCUUGUUCUAAAACAUUGUUUGCUUGAGUAUUCUAACUGUGGGGAUGAUGCAUCGGCACUAGCUAUGUUGCGUAAAGAAGCUCCAAUGUUCCAUUUUAGUAGAGACAAAAUCCACAAGCUUGCUUACAGCAUAUUUACUUCUAAGAACAUGAAUUUGGAUUAUUCAAAUGACAGUGUCAUUCAUGAAUUAAGGAAAAAGUUAUUGCGAGAUUUGGAAAAAGCUCUUCCUCCACCUACUUGUUUGCCAGACAGGAGGUUGGAGCAACUGGUUGAAACCACCGUAGUGGCACAGAUUGAUUCAUGUAUGUAUCAUAAUUUUUCAGGUGCAGUUUCAAUCUAUGAGGACCACUGCUGUGGCAGGGAUCAAAUACCAACAGAAACAAUUCAGAUUUUGGCAGAACAUAAGAAUGAGGUUUGGUAUGUUCAAUUUUCUAAUAAUGGAGAAUACUUGGCCUCUUCAUCCAGUGAUUGCUCAGCUAUUAUAUGGAAGGUUUUGGAAGAUGGUAAACUGACACUGAGACACAUACUUAGAAGCCACCAAAGUCAAGUCUCCUUUGUAGCAUGGAGCCCUGAUGAUACAAAGUUGCUCACAUGUGGACAUGCCGAGGUCCUCAAGUUAUGGGACGUUGAAACAGGUACCUGCAAGCACACAUUUGAAGAUCAUGGCUUUAUUGUCAGCUCGUGCGCCUGGUUUCCAGAUUCAAAGAGACUUGUUUGUGGCAGUGCUGACCCUGAGAAGGGUAUCCACUUGUGGGACUGUGAUGGAAACGAGAUAAAGGCCUGGAGGGGUACAAGGAUGCCUAAGAUACUGGAUCUUGCGGUGACCCCCAAUGGAGAAAAUCUUAUAAGCAUUUUUUCGGAUAAAGAAAUCCGUAUUCUUAAUCUGGAGUCGAAUGCCGAAAGAGUCAUAGCGGAGGAGCACUCCAUCUCAUCAUUAUCAAUCUCAGUAGAUGGCAAGUUUUUCAUUGUCAACCUCAACAACCAGGAGAUACACAUGUGGGAUGUUGCAGGGGAGUGGCAGCAACCGCUGAAGUACACCGGGCACCAACAGAAUAAGUAUGUAAUUCGGUCCUGCUUCGGUGGCGUGAAUAGCGCGUUUAUCGCCAGUGGUAGUGAAAAUUCAGAGGUCUACAUCUGGAGCAGGCAAAGCAGUAAGCCAAUCGAAGUUUUGUCUGGACAUUCAACAACUGUCAACUGUGUCAGCUGGAACCCGAAAAGGCCGAAAAUGUUGGCAUCGGCGAGUGAUGAUCAGACAAUACGUAUCUGGGGACCGGCAUCAUCUAAGAACAUCAAGCCUGGACAAAGUUCAUGAAACAACUGGGUAAAAAUCUCUAAAUUCGUGCAGUUAAAAUAUCCAUAGCUUAUGUUCUUUCCUGGAUUGUAUUAUCAUCAUCUUCUAUCUGUAUAUUUCGGUUGUCAUCCUUCAAAAUUUUGGCAUUUAAGCUUCUUCUUGUACAAUCCAUCUCGUGUGUUCUCUGUUACUGUCAAUUCAUUUUUGAGGAACAUAGACCACUAGAAUUUGUUCCAUAGCAAUGGAGAUUUUGCACGCCUUUGAUAGA